UGCCCAUUUGUAUGGGAUCUGAAGCGUUUUGGAUUUAGAUUUGGAUUUAGAACGCCAUUCCGGAUGUAUAAGCCCGGCCGUAAUAUUAUUCGGAUUUCGGUAUUCCGUUGUCGUUAAAUAUCGACAAAUACCGGUCAUCACUUCACUGUCGAUAAAAGUCGUUUUGUUUUUAUGACGUUUGUUUUAAUUUUCAAAAGUCAAUCUCCUUUUUUUUUUAAAGUUUGACAAAUUAUUUUUGAUUUGUGGAGAUUUUACACUGAUUUGUCACAUAAAUUACUUUUCAAGAGCUUUCUCCGUGUAAUUCUGUUUUCAAGCCACAGUAAAAGUCAGAAUGACUUCCGAAAUUGAAGCAUUGAAAACAAGUGAGUUUCUGCGGCGACGGAAGCUUAGACUUCAACAGGUGAGGGAACAGUCAAAAGACAUUGCUAAAAAGAUAAGGCAACGUGCAAAAGUUGAAAAGUUACGGCAGGUCGUUGAACUCGAUGCGAAAAAGCAGAAGGAAUAUUUUCAUCAGCAAAGCGAGCUUGUGAAAAAAUUGGAAGACUUAUACUCAAAAGGCAUAGAUAAUGUUGGAGCUAGUCAUAAGAGUGCUUCAGAAUCGGGAGAACAAGAUGGAGUGCAAAAAUUAGAUAUUUCCAAAUUACGUGGCAGAGAAGCAGCAGCUGAGUUAAGGAGAAAAAAACAAGAAAAAUUAGACAAGCAAAAAAAGCUAUUAGAUAGAAAAUUACAAGCCAGGGAAGCAGCUAAUGAAAUAAGCAGAGAAAAAUCUACUGCUCAAAGUAACAAAUUGGCAAACAAAACAUCAGGAGACACUCAAGACAAAGACACUGUAGUUGAAGAAGACAUACCCAAAAAUAAUGAAAAAUGUGCUGAAAAUGCUCAGGACAAAGAGAAACCUAUAACUAAUGACAUGGCUACCCAGUGGGACUUGAAUGAACCAGAAUGGGAACCAAACAUACCUGCAUUAUCUUUACCAAAAGAUGAAAGUGCAAAAGAAAAUGUAGAAAGCAGAUCGGAAAAAAGCAAGAGACUGGACUUGUUUGCCCUGAGUGAUGAGAUGCCAUCAAGUUUACGAGGUGCUGUAACAAAUGAAGAACGAGUUCCUAUAAAGUCGUCAAUGACAAUGGUUUCAGAAUAUUUGAAAAACAGAUCCCUGAGAUUACGAGAGGCAAGCAUUCCAGGGCCGAAAAAACCAUCAGAAGAUCUGUUGAGUAUCAAAGAGACAAUACUUCAUACAAGGACAUCAAGACCAGAAGGUACCUCAUUUAAUGCAUGUUGUGUGCUAGAUGAACAAUUAAUACCAAUGCCAUCAUGGCAGGCAGAACAAUAUUGUGGGUUUUGCUCACACAAUGUUUCAUUUCAUAACACAAAAAAGAGACAGUUUCAUGUCACUAAUUCCCAGAUCAAUAAGAUUUUUAGCUCAAAAAGACCUGUGCAGAGAGACUCUUCACUGUUUUCAAUGCAUAAUGGAGCUAAUGGUAGAAGAAAUAGAGCUAUUGAAAGAACUUUCAAAAGUAAUACUGAGAAAUCGUUAAAGUCCAGUGCUAUAGAUGGUGGUAUAGCUAAAAAGAAUUCAGUUACUGUGUAUAACCACUCUACCCGUGACACAAGAGAUAUUGUACACGGAGGAGAGAGACUUGUAGUCCGUGAUCAGCCUAAUGACGACGAUGCUUAUUCCCAAGCUCGGAGAGAAACAAUAGUUGACAAUACUCAAAAUCAAGAGCAUCAGAAAAAAAUGCAGGAAAUGAGACAUAAAGUUGCAAUGACCAAACAAAAUGUGGAGAAGGAGUACAAAGACACCAUAAACUUUCUAAACUCAUUGCCAAAAGACAAAGACAGGCCUAGAAAAGCCUAUAUGGAUGAACAUCGACAACAAAUUCAGAAAGAAAACCGAGAGCAAAAACUUCAACAAGAAUAUAAGAAAAUCGAAAAAGAAUGCAAAAAACAUAUUUGUACAAAAAGUGGUAGUAAAUCAAAAUCCCCAGUGACAAUGACUGAUGAUGAGUUCAAUAGGAGAGACUUUCAAUAUUCCUGGAUGCCAGUACCAGAGAGCGACGGCAACCUCGCGAUCCAUACCAUCCCAACAACAGUGAAACAGGGCAAGUCUGGUAACACAGUGAAGUUUAGCAAAGUCGACAGCUAUCACGAGUAUAGGUCACGGCACCGGCACACACCACCCACUAAAGAUAUUUCAGACAGACAAGCGAAAAGGGUAGAAGCAGUCAUUAUUGACAAAAAUAGUAGUGAUGUCACAGAUUACUCUUCAAAUGCAUCUGAAAGCAGUUUAGAAAACAUUAAACUUGUAUCUAAAGAUGCGAGGCCUGAAACAGAAAGAGAACUGUCUGAUGCGGAAAGGAUUAUAAUCUAUAAGAUUUUGGAUUCUAGAACUGACAAGAAGUGUAAGAAGAAGCAAAAAUUGAUGAAAGAUAUCCUAACGUCUUUAAACUCUGUUGACAAUAACAAAAAAGUAAAUGAAGAUAAGGCUGAAUUUUCUAAAAAGCAGCAUGAGACUACUGCUAAGGAUAUUGAAAAUACAACAUUUGAACACUUAAAUGAAGGUGUUUACAAGACUGUCAGUAAAAAAGGGCUAUCUUACAAUGUUAUGAGAUGUCAUACCACUAAUAUGGAGUUAUGGCAUGGCACAACUGCUCAGAAACCUUGGUGGGAUAACAUCACAUCCAUGUCUACACAUAUAUUGAACAAUGAAAAUAUAGAUGAGGAGGUAACAGAACCUAACAGAAAACUUUGUUACUGCCAAGAUCACCAGCAUGACACAAAUUUUAACAUUCUUUAUUUUCUAGGUAUUAAAUUAAAUUCCAAGAAUGGUGACAAUUCAAGACAUUCAAAUAGCUGUGUUACUUGUAAAUGUGACUGUGCUGGAUCAUCCAAAACCUGCAAUAAUAACUUACCAAUGCCACAACAAUCUGCAGCAUCAGUGGCAACAUCCAUCAAUUCAUUUAGAACAGCGACCAAUGAUAAAGCCAGCAGUGCCUUACCAGAUAGUGGCUAUGUCAAGUUAAUUGAUGAUGGCGGUCAAGAAGCUGGCAAGUUUUAUAUCGGAGCCUCGGGGAUUCUGAAAAACGAUGCAUACGAAGUCGUCAUCCAAUUGAGAAAGAAAGACGACACGAAUGAUAAAAAUGAAGAGAAAAAAGGUACAGUAGAUCAAACAUCUAGCAAAGAGGUUCCUACAAGUGCUCCCCAAACGUUACAAGAAGCUACAGUGAAGGAAACAAUUCCAAUUACAGCAAAAGAAAAUACAGACCCUAAUGCAAAUGAAAUGAAUGUCAUUAAUCAAGAAAACCAAUCCGAAAUAAUUGAGGAUAAGGAAAACACUAAGAAAUACAUUCAAGAAAAACGUCCAGACGAUUUGAUGAAAAAUUUUAAUGCACAAAAUGGUAACAAUCCCCCAAAAUUAUUUGUGGAUAAAGGAGUGCAUACAUCUUUCCAAAUGUCGUAUGCUAUUCCUAGCCAUGUGCCAAAAGUAGAUUCUACUUCGAGACCUGCUACAUCGGCGUACACACAAACCACUUUGAGUUCACCUAAUCAAAGACCAGUUUUUUUCCACAUGAGCUCAUCAACAUCAACAGCUUAUAUGAGUCCUCCAGAACUAGUGUUACCUCAAUUUUUGAGACAAGAUUAUCAUAUCAUGACUGAUGAAGAAAAAUAUGAUACCAUGCAUAUCUUGAAUAAUCGGGGCUAUAUUUCAGAACAGGAAUAUAAUGAAGAUUACCAUCGUUGCAGAUGUAAGAAAUGUACUCAUGCAAAAAAGAUCACUAAUAAAAUGAAAUUACAAGACUGUUGUAGAAAACACACUAAAUAUGGAAAGAAAUUAAAUACUCCCCCAAAUACAGCUAGGAGUCAGUCAAGCGUGGAUGUAUCUUCUCAUAAAUCAUUAAAAACUAAAUAUGGGGCUGCUGUCUCGUCAUUGACACGUCAUCCUCAUAAACAUAAACAACAUGCUGUCAAUACAAAUUCUCAAAAUGUAGGAGUACAUAAAAGCUUAAGUACUACUUCUAACAAAAAAAACAAAGUAUAUCCGGAAACUCGCAAAUAUAUAUCUCGUUCCGAUCUAAAUCCUGUCCUAAAAAACUAUAUUAAUGAAUUAUUGGCUUUAAAUAAAGAAAAUUUGAGAGCUAUAGAAGUUGCUGAUCAAGAUUGCAGUGCAGUUACUACUCCAGGCAGCUCAAUUAUUAAUGUGACAAAUAAUAUAAAUAAAAGCAAGCCAGUAGAGAGUAAAAUUUCUUUGGAACAAAUAAAAAAUCUGCUUAAACAACAAAUCGUAAGAGAAAAUACUAGUUCCAAGCAUAACCAAACAAGUGAUAAAAAUUACUAUAUCCAGAAAAAUUGUUCUAGAAGAAAUAUACGUGUGCCCCGGAUAAGCCGCAAAAAGCCUGUACAUAAAGUAAAAUCAUUAAAUAUAUCAAAGAAAUUACAAAAAAGCAAGAUUCAUAUUCCACAAACAUGCUCCUCCGUUAACAAUGCCUCACCAUGUUCAUCUAUAAAGGAAGAUAAUAUUUUGCCAGGCAGUAAAACAAAUUGUCGGAGCGACAUUUCAAAUACUUCUAAUCAACAAAUUCACAAUUUAUGUUCUUCAAACGUAUCGACUACGCCGGUAAUAACCACAAAAAUGAAUUCUACGGCACAUUACAGUAGUACUAACCGUGAUUUUGAUAAAUAUAGUAAAAAUGACCACAAACUCGAAAUUCCGCUUAGAAGAGGAAUUAACUCGUUGUCAUGCUAUCGGUCCUCAGCUACAUCAUCUUCAGAUACAAACAAUUUAACUUCACAAAAAUUGCCACAAAGCUUAGAGAUUCCUAAUACAACAUCAACACAAACUAGUCAAAAUAUAGAAGCAGAAAUUAACUUGAUAAAGUUAGCUGAAAACAAAUUGCAAAAUAUGGAAAAAAUUGCUGAUUUGACAGAGAAAUGUACAAAACGGCUUUCGAAUCUUGCAAAGGUAUUAGAGGAAGUGAGAAAAAAUAAAUCUUUAGUUUAUAGUCAAAUUUCAACAUCUGACAGCACGUCCGAUUCUGAUCAAAAAUCAGACAAACACAUAUCACAUAACUUGCCUCCUGCACAAAUAUUGGAACCAGUACUUGAUGUUGGCAAAAGUUCAAGAACACCGUCUCCAAUGGCAGUCAGCACUGCUGAAGAAUCAAGAGAAAGAAAUAUAACAACAGAUUCCACAGACUUUGUACCUUUGUUUAAGGACAUCCCCAAAUCUAAACCAUUUAAAAUUACGGAGCCAACUAAUUUUCAAAAUACAGAAUCAUUAAAAAAAAUAAAUCCGCAAAAUCUGUUCAAGAAUUUGGAAAAUACAACAACAAGCCGUGGGCGACCACCUCCUGCAUUAUCUCGCAUUACUUUAAAAAACGGACAAGAUAAUGUAAUUCCACAUGAGUUAUCUACAGUUUUGGAAGUUGAUUCUCUGUUAAGUGUCCGAUUGACGCGUGAAAACAAAAGCGAUUCAUCUAAUGAUUCUAAUAAAACUGUAAAUGGAACUGUUAAACAUGACACAAGUAAAAAUAACAAGCACACUCGAGACCUUAGAGACUACAAAAAAGAUCCAGACUUGGUUCGAAGCAACGUUAAUGUACCAGCACAGCAAAAAAAUAUAUCAGGGUCUGAUUCAUCUGAUGAUUCUAAAUUACAAGCAGUAGACAUAAAUCAAUUUAACGACAUUAUGUUAAAACCUUUUAUAACUUUUCAAGAACACGCAAAAAAAUGCAAUCUUGCUUUUGAUGAAGCUUCUAAUUUAGAAGAUAUUGCCAAUGAUGUGGUUACUGACGAUAUAAGUUCGUUACACUCUGAUGGUAGUCUGCCUGAUGUUAUUGCUGAAUUGCUUAAAAGGAAUAUUAUUAGUGAACCAUUCAAAUUUGAUUCUGUAUCAAAUCUUAAUUCUACGACUGUAUCAUCAGAAUCUGCUUUGUCGGUGUUAGCGUUAUCGAAAGUUCGAAAAGACAAGAAAAAACAAAGUGUUGUAUUUCAAAAUAAAGAAAAUGUAAGUGAAACUUCAGAUUCGCUAAGCCUUUCGUCGAAUCCCGAUUUAGAAAUGGCAUUUAAGAAACUAGGCAUGGGAUGGGCAUCAUCCACUUUAAAGAAAACGAAAGAACGUUUGGCGCUCUCGUCUUCAACGAAUACAUCAAGUUCCAGUUUAUCGCAAUUUAAAUUAAAAUCGUUUAACAAUAAAGAUAUUCCUGUUUUGGUGACAGAUUCCGUAUCGUCUAUAUUGAACGUCACUAAAAAACCAACCGAUAAGAGGCGAAAUGUUAAUUUUAAUUCCAAAAACGCGGAGCAACAAACAUCAUUGAGUAACUCCAUGACAGUAAAGGAGUUUUUGACAAACGAAUUGGCGAAGAAAAUAACUUUUACAAAUAAGUCUCACAGAGACGAAACUGGAGAGGAGUUUGUUUCUUUACUUGAGACAAAAAUGCCAGAAGACAUGAAGGACUCUGAACAUUUAGUCCACGCAGAUCAUUCUGCGGAGAGUGUGCAUAGCACUAAUAAUAGAGCGCGAACCUCCACGCCAGUUCAGAUUUUUAAAUCUAUGACCUAUAAUUCCAGUUCUAGUUCUAAUAUUUCUAAUGGUUUAUUUAGUAAUGCAGAUGAUUUGUCAUCCGUAAAAGUAACAUCAAAUUCCAAUAAAAACCAUUCCACGUCAGAUAAGGAUGAUUUGACUGUUCCUAGUUUUAGUUUGAGAAAGAAAAAGAGUUUAUCAGAUUGCAGUAAAAGUGAUCAAGGUUAGAGGAUUUUUGAAUUAAAUUAAAAUUAUUUAUUUGUAUGGAUUAUUAAAAAUGUUUGAAAAUAUUAGUUUUGAUUGAUUUGUA